GGAAAAGGAAGUGUUUUAACCGGUGUCGAAGUAAAUAAGCAUCUAUAAACUAAUUGAUAAAAUGGUAGAUGUACACACAUACACAACAUUGCUGAGCUGAAAUUCCCGUAACAAAUAUAAAAUGGAGAGCAGAAAGGCAUUUGCUGCCCCUGACUGUCUGCAGGACCUAUGUGUCUUCUACUGCAUGAAUCACCUGGAUGUGUUUGUGUCUGCUUUAAAGGCCUCAGAUAUGUCGGCUGCCUCUGGGGGUUCGUUCCCAGUCCUGCUUGGCAACAAACUGCUUGACUAUUACAUGAGAUGCAGUAUACCAAAGUAUAACCUCACUUUUAAGCAUCCAGACCAAAGUGAAGUUGAUUUGCUUGAUGAUCUUGUCAGCAAUGGACAUACGUGCAAUGAAAUAAGUGUGAUUCAUGGUGAAAAGGUUUCUGCAGAUAUUUUUCACACUCUUUCAAGUAAUAAUUUGUUCAGGACUGUUGAGCUUACAAGCUUUGAUGGGGAUGAAAUUGCUGGAAUGAAAAAGGUUAAGUGUGAAAUAAUCAAGAAAAGCUUGAAGGUGCUGUCUUCUGUGAAACUGAAUAAACUCAGUGAUGAGGAAAUGUUUCUUGAAAUACUCUGUAAUCUUGCUGGACAGUCUUACCUUGAAUCGGAAUCAUCUAGCAGCGAGGUGGCAGAGAAUACUGAGGACAACUUUGAAGAUGAGAAUAUGGUGGCAUUGCCUUUACAAGUUGACAUAAACGAACAAUUUACUGUUGCAAAUACUAAAUAUAAACCUACAAAAUUGCAACCAAAUUGUGAUAGAAACACAAAUGCGCAAAAAGAUGAUUUCAGAUGUGUAAAUCUAAAAUCAUUCACAUACAACCAAUAUGCUUCCAAUUUUGACAAUAUGAAUGAAGUGGUGAUAAGGAAAUUCAGUUUGUUUGUAUCUGCGCUGUCAGAGAUCUUAGAAAACAACUUGAACCUCCAAACAUUCUGUGUGACAUCGGCUCUAUCAUACCCGCUGGACUGGUUUUUAAAUCUACCUUUCUUGCCACUAUUGAAAAACCUGCAGUCUCUAACACUUGCAUGUGUAAACGUCCCAAACAUACGUAUGGAAGAAAUGUUCGCUGCUCCUAGGCAUCCUGAUCCACUUUCUAUGCUGCCAACCUUGCAAAAUCUAAGACAUUUAGAUAUCUCCUUCUGGAAUCGUGACGGGGAAACUUGCGCCACCUACAGUAGACUUCAGUUGAAGUUGUUUGUAGAAGGACUGAAGUCAAUGCCCAAUCUCCGAUCCCUGGAUAUCAGUGGUACAAACCUACAAGACAUCAUCUCACAUGAGAAUGGAAGUUCAGAAUGUGAAGAACAUUGUAUGCCAGGGUUUCAAGGACGUAAAUUUGAUUUCCUUGGGCUUUAUGAAACAGAGAAAUGUGUCUGCCACCACAGAUUCAUUCCUGCUUACAAGGUGAGUGGGAGUGGGAGUGAGGAGCAGCUGAUUGUGGCUCUAUGGUCGUACCAACACAGCCCCAACAUCAUGACCCAUGUCCUUGCAAACAUACAGGAACUGGUUGUGGAUUCUGAAACAACCCUUAAACAUCCGCUGGCCUUAUAUGAGGGUUUGGUGGCCUACAUGGGAAAGGUGGGGAGCUGGCACACAUCCCAGAGUCGUAGCACCUAUGGGAUUGAUGAAGGCUUGUAUUCAUCUGUGUAUAUAAUGUACUUUCUUCUCCGGAAGGAUGUAAAACGUUUACUGACCAUCCAACAUAGAAGACACAUGUUGGAGAACCUGUUGACCAUUAUGUGGUCCGUUAGCCAGCUGACGAACUGGCCGCAGCUGGUCACAGACAAACGACACAAGAUGAUGAGAAUCAGCAUGCUGAUAAUCCUGGUGCUGGACCUUGAGAGUGUUGCUGUGUACAGCCACAGAUUUGAGCAGUACGUGCAGGUGUUGGUACAGGUGAACAUGGGCUUCUGCAGGUCCACUCAGCGCCAGCUGGUCCUCCGUCUCCUCCACUCGGCCUGUAGAGUGAGUCAGGAGCACAAGGCUAUCAUCGGGCAGAAACUAGGCCUUGUACAGGCCUUGUUAAAAUACAUUGAGCCUUGGUCGAUAAAUGGCAAAAAUGUUCUUAUGGAGGUUCUGGAGAAAUACUGGAGCAUUCUGUGGACGCUCACAGAUGAGGUGCCAGUCAAUUGUCACCUCUUCAUGCAAUAUGGAGGCUGUGAGAUCGGCAGGAAGUGCAUCGAGCUCUUCAACGUCAAUGAUCUGCGGAGAAAAAUCACUGGAGCUAUUAGCAAUGUAUCUGAGAACUUUGAGCUUCACCCUCUGUUGAUGACACGAGAGGUGGUAGUCCUGUUCAGGGAUAUGCUGAAGUAUGCAAGUGAGAGCGACUAUGACGUGAGUUCACAUGCUGCAAGCUUUUUGGUGCAGUUGGCAUCCUCUGGUCCAGAACACUGGAUGCUUGCUGAGCCUUCAUGGGAGACCAUCCUGAAGGAAGUAGAUGAAGCCAUACAGAAGUGGGACAUUAAUGGGCCCAAAGGCGUAAAAUUCAGGUCUUUGUUACCGAUGUUGAGGCAGGUUGGGAACCAAGAAGUGGGGGUUGCUCAGCUGUGGGCAGCCUGGGGCAUUUGUAACCUCAUCAUUGUUAAACCAAGCAGGUACUUCGCGAUGUUGGAGCGGGAAGGAGGGUUAAAGGUGAUGUCGGACGCCCUAGAGAACCCGGGUAUCCGUGAUGAUGUGGCCAGCCUUAUAACAGACAUCCUGAACCGCCACACACGCUGGUCUGACGCUGAUCACUCCAUAGAUGAGGAUGAUUAACAUGCAGAAAACUUUAAAAUUGAAGUGUGAAUAAUGUAUAAUUAUCUUUUUUUUUUCUCCACGUAAAGCAUAAUAUUGACAGCUUCUCUGAAAACUAUUGAAUAAAGAAGUUGACAAGGACAGUUUGCUAUUGUGAAACACAAAAUGAUGUAUUACUAAUCAGCUGAUGUAACAAGCGGUUGAAUCAAGAUCUAAUUUAGGGGAUAUAAAUACAGAAUCUGAUGGGACAGGGAACAGCCAUCAGGAAACUACUGUACUUUUGCUAUUAAGUGUUAGCAUCCUGACUGCAAUCAUGCAAAGUAUAUUACAGAAACUGAAUUAUUUUCAGCUUUUACUUUUGUGUUUGCUAAGUGUCAGUAGUUGUGAAUGAGCCAUUCUGGAAUGAUAUAACUGUGAUACAAGGAAUAACACUGUGAUAAUUGGAAGUUUUGUUGUGAGAGCAUUUUGUAUGUAGGACAGCUUGUGAGUUGACUGUGGUGAAUUAUACAUGUUAUAAUGACCUGAUCACUUUUUUUAUAGCUGUCAUUGUACAUCUCACAACACGUAUUUGUAUGUAACUUGUAUGUGAUAUAAUAGGUCUUUUUGUACUCUGUCAUGAACAGAAACAGUCGGGGAUAAUUUGUUUGUGUUAGGGGAAAUGAAGUCUUUCUAACAGCAGUAAACUUGUAAAAGUACAAGUAAAUCAUUUUGACCCUUUUACUACACGCAUAUGUUCACUGCAUAACAGCUAGUUUUGGUAAGAUCUGAAUAUGUGAUCUUUACUUGGUAGCAUUUGUCUAUUCAUUGAGAAAUUACUUCCACAAGGCAGUACAUUUCACAUCAAUAUCACAUGUACCUUAUGUAACUCCUAUCAUUUUGACGCUGAUUUCAAAAAAAGUUUGCUACUGCUGACUGCUACUUGCUAAAUGCUGUUAGAUAGCGUUAUGAAAAUAUGUAUGGUUAUACCUUUAUAACUUAACACAAUCAUACAGUUAUUUAAAUAUUUAUGUAUGAAAUGUUUACUUUGAUUACUCUGCAACUAUCCUGUUUCAGAGGAUUCUUUGAUCAUGCACCGUUACUAUUGAUUCUGAUCAUACUGUUAUGUACUUUUGUACUUAAUGAUUUGUUUAAAAAAAUGGUACUAUGUUGUUAAUAUUUGAUAUAGAGUAGGGUUUUAUAUAAGGAGUUUUAAAAGGAUGCUUCUUUUAUUGUAGCACCUUUCUGACCUCAUGUAGACCAAAAUGGGCACCAUUCUUCCUUCAUAGAAUUAAAUGCUUCAGACUGUGAAAUUUUACUCUUGUUUUUUAAACUUAUCAUGUUCAUUUAAAUACAUGCAAAUUUGGUAAUUGAAACCAAAUAUUACUUCAAUUAAACACAAUCCCUAACAGUUUUGUCAAAUUUAUAAAAACUACGUUCUUCACAGCCUGAUAAAAUUUGCCCUCAUCACCCUUAGCAUCCUGUCCCUCUUUUGCAGCACCGUGCCCUUUUAAAUACCUGCCUAUAACCCUGUAGAUGUAUUUAUAUUAUAAAAGCUUGACUACUUAAAUCUAAACCAAUAUUUCCAAUUCAUUUUUAGCUCGACUAUUAGAAGAAUAAGGAGAGCUAUACUACUCACCCAAGCGUCAGCGUCACACCUUGGUUAAGGUUUUGCAUGCAAGCACCUUUAAGUAAAUAUCUCAGUAAAUACAUCAUGUAUUGCAUUGAAACUUUAGAUAUGUAUUCCCAACUAUCUAACCUACUAAAUUAAUGAGGUUAGAUAACACUUAUUUGAAUUUAAUGCAAAUAAUAGGCCUUUAUUAUUCGACUUAGAAAUUCUGGUUAAGGUUUUGCGUGCAAGCACACAUAGGUUAAUAUCUCAGCAACUACUUGAGGUAUUGCAUUUAGUUAGAUAACUUUAGUUUGCAUUUAAUGCAAAAUAAUUGCCCUUUUUUAUUUCGACUUAGAAAUUUUGGCUAAGGUUUUGCAUGUAAGCACAUUUGAGUCAAUAUCUCAGCAAAAACAUCAUGUAUUGCAUUGAAACUUUAGAUAUGUAUUCCCAACUAUCUAACCUACUAAAUUAAUGAAGUAAGAUAAUACUUUUUUGAAUAUAAUGCAAAUUAUGGGCCUUUAUUAUUUGACUUAGAAAUUCUGGUUAAGGUUUUGCAUGUAAGCACACAUAGGUUAAUAUCUCGGCAACUACUUGAUGUAUUGCAUUGAGACUUUAUACAAUGGUACUCAACCAUCCAAUCUACUUAUUAAUAAAUAACCAAGUAAGAUAACUCUAGUUUGCAAUAAAUUCAAAUAAUGGCUCCUUUUUUAUUCGACAUAGAAAUUUUGGUUAAGGUUUUGCAUGUAACCACUUUAUUUUUUAAGUCAAUACCUCAGCGAAUACAUCAUGUAUUGCAUUGAAACUUUACACACAGGCUCCCAAUCAUUUAACCUUCUUAUUUAAUCAAGUAAGAUAAUUCUAUCUUUCAUAUUAUAUAAUUUUUGCCCCUUUAUUAUGCGACUAAGAAAUUCUGGUUAAGGUCUUGCAUGUUAGCACACAUAUGAUAAUAUCUCAGCAACUACUUGCAUUGAGACUUUAUACAAUGGUAUUCAACCACCCAACCUAAUUGAAUAACCAAGUUAGAAAACUGUGUUUUGCAAAUAAUGGCCCUUUACUAUUAGACUUAGAAAUUCUGGUUAAAAUUUUGCAUGUAACCAUAUUUAUGUUAAUAUCUCAGCACAUCAUGUAUUGCAUUGAAAUCUAAUCCAACAGUGAUCCGUGCACGUUUCGCAAAAUCUUUUCAAUCCUUACACUGAAAAGCGGCAGAAUAGUCGAGCGCGCUGUCUCUGUGACAGCUCUGGUCUUAUUUACACACAUUUUUGUAGGCACUAUAUACAUGUAUGUGUUAACUGUUAAGUUGUAUACUCCCUUGAACACGAACUUUGUUGUAACAGUAAGUCUUGUCGAAAGUCAAGUCAAUAUUUGUUAUUGUCAGAUGUGAUAUGUACAACAUAGAUAAUGAGUAUGAUAUGCAGUUUGAUAAAUGAAAGAAACUUCACAUUGAAUUAGUUUUGUAAUUAUUGAAUGCAUUUUUGGUUCAAUAUGACCCUUCUCAAUGGCGAACUGUAGCUACAGAUGUGCAAAUAUUAGGGAUGCAAGCGAAUGUUUUGAAUAUUCGAUCGAACCUUUAGUGUUCAUUCGAUUGUCAAAAUGGGUAUUUGAAUAUUUCAUGCUUUUUGUUGAAUAAAUAAAACAAUAAACCUUUUGCCUACAA